AUGGAUUUGAGUAAACGAGUUUGUGAUAAAUGUAAAAAGCUCGAAUAUUGUAAUCAAAAUACAAUUGUGCUUAAUAACUGUUGCAAUGUUGAAAAUUAUUUAUUAGAAGAAUUACUUAAAGUUCCAGGAAGAUUCUUAUUAGCUAAAGAUUUUCUAGAAAAAGAUAUUAAAAAUAAAAAAAUUAUUACUGAAGAUAAAUAUUACUAUAAAUUAAAAAUUUGUAAAGAUAAUAAAAAAAAUCGAGAGGAGAUUUUAAAAGAUUUCAAAAAAUAUGAAUUACUCAAUACAAUCAGAAACAAAAAAAAAUAUGAUCAAGAAUUAUAUAAAAUUUAUUUGGGAUUACCGUAUUUAAAUGAAGAUAUUAAAAAGGAUAAGUAUGAAUUAUUUAAUCAAAUUGAAUCUGAAUGGAACAUGAAUAUUAAAAAAUCAUAUAAUGAAAUUAAACGAACUAUUUUCUUAGAACAAGCAAAUAACAAUACAAAGAAGUUGUCAUAUCUAAAAAUUUGA